GGGGAUAUCGUAUUGGCUUAAACCUGCUUAAUGACAGUAACCAUGGCUGGUUGGAUUGUUAUGUUUAAUUACAUGAUGCUAUUGUUUGGUAAGAAAAGUACAAGGUGCUUUCGAGCAGGACAUGAAAUAUGUCACUAUUUCUGAUGUUGAAUCAACUGUCAUUUUAAUCACUUUCUAGUGAUUAUCAGUGUACAGAUGGAAUCGUAAUAGCCUUUGUUGUGAAAACACUGAAGAUCUACAUGGAAGAAUCAAAUGAAGAAAAAUGUUCACUAAAAUCCACCAACUUUGAAAGACCAAGUUUUUCAGAAAUAUGUUCACCAAGCCAUGUGGACUUAUUUACCCAACCAGGACCUUCUAGAAGAACUUUUGAUCUACACUCAUCAAUUGCAAGCAGAUUUCUUCCACCUUUUUUGACAGGCAUACCAGGUUUGCCUCUACAGCAAUAUUUAAGCCAAGACAAAAAGCCAUUUUUAUGUGGCGAAUGUGGCAAAGAAUUUGAAGAUUUGAGUACCCUCAAGACACAUUUACUAAAUCACACUGGCCAAAAGCGAUACCCUUGUGUAGUGUGUGGGAAGACUUUUGAUUUGCAGGGUAACCUUAAAACACAUGAACUGAUCCACAGUGGAGAAAAACCACACGUCUGUGGAGUAUGUGGCAAACGUUUUACGGUUCUUGGAAAUUUGAAAACUCAUGAACUGACACACACCGGAGAGAAGCCCCACAUAUGUGGCGUGUGUGAUAGAGGUUUCUCAACUCGUAGCAAUUUGAAAACUCAUGAGCUUAUCCAUACAGGUGAAAAGCCACAUGGAUGUGGAGUAUGCGGAAAACGUUUCACAGUUAUUGGGAAUUUAAAGACCCACGAACUUAUACAUACCGGAGUGAAGCCAUAUUCAUGUAAAGUGUGUGGGAAAAGUUUUAAUGUUCGCGGAAAUUUGAAAACGCACGAGCUGACUCAUACUGGAGAAAAGCCUCAUACAUGCAGGAAUUGUGGCAAAUCAUUCACUGCCUUAAGUAAUUUGAAAACACAUCAGUUGAUGCAUAGUGGAGAUAAACUUCAUGUCUGUGGAGUGUGUGGUACAGGUUUCACAUCACUAGAAAGCUAUAAUCAGCAUACACUAAUUCAUUUGCCACAAAAGUCGGAGGAACCUGAAGUAGAAAUAUUAACUUAAACUUUUUUGUUAAGUGAAUAGUUGUGUAACCAGUAGGUAAAAUUAGGAUUGCAUUCCAUCGAGUGCAGCAAUGUUAUAUAAUAAUAAAAUAGAGCAUUUACAUGUUUAGGAUAAUGAUGGCCAUCAUCGGAAGGCAGCCAACACUUCAUAGGAAAUGCUACAUAAGUUUUGUUAAAUAUAAUAGAAUUUUACGAUUCAUUAGAAUCUUACUGUGAAUCCUAGUGAUGAUCAUGUUCAGCAAAACAGAUUCCACACAGCACCACAAACACACAGUAUCAACACAAUGAACAUGACCUACUGUGAAGGAACAUGGCCAUCACUGGGAUUCACAGCAAGAUCCUAAUCAAUCAAAAAAUUCUAUUAUAUUUCAUAGCAUACUUUAAAUACUAGCCUUCUGAUCUUUACAAGACAGCAUAUGGGCAUGAUACACAUUGUGGCAUGUUAUAUGUCAUCCAUCAUUGAGCAACGAAACGAUGGAAAUUGUUGAGACUGUUGCAUAGGAAUAUCCAUAGCAACGAGUGCUCAUUGUGUAACAUAGUGUGGUAAACACCCCUCCCCGCUAGGCUAUGACAUCAUGCAACAGGGGAGUCCGUGCAGCGAAUGUUGCUAGGCAAUCAGUAAACACAUUUUCUGUGUGGUCAGGCCGGAAGCUACAUAACAAGAGUACUUGUCAGCAUGUGGCGGUCACCUCCACCGUGACCCUGUGAGUCGUAGAAGGUGAUGAAAAGGGAAGUCUCACAUGUAAGACAGUAAAAU